AACAUACCGAUCGAAGGGAGGUAACUCUAAAUAACUAUCCUUAGACAACAAUGAGGGACACGAGACCGAGAAUUCAUUACAGCAAAUAUCUCAAUUUGUUGACGAUUCUUGUUACUGUCACGGGUGGAGGUUUCGAAGUAACAUGCAAGCUCCUUGCAGGGUAUGUUAUGCCACAUGGAGGAAUCGCUCUUGACCCUACCCACUUCAACACAACGAACACAACUUCGAGAGCGGAGGCAUGGGAGCUGCACAAGGCAUGUGUCGCUGUCGGCCAGCAGAUAGACGAGAUAGCGCCAGAUCUCAUAUUCUUGAGUACGCCUCACGGGAUCUCAGAUUUGAGAAAUUUUGGAUUUUAUUUAAACCCCGAGGCGCAAGGAGGGGCUGAUACCGACAACUGUCAGUGCCCCCCAUGUUGUUACAAUGUGUCGGUGGGGCUGGACGUCAAUGUGUCUCAGCGUCUUGUCGGGAAGUUUGGAUACGACAGAAAUGUGUCGGGGAUAUCGGGCUACGGACCACCUGGACAGAGCAGCGAACCCUUUCCUCUCAGAUGGGGCGAGGUGAUCCCCCUGCACUUCGUGGGUGGCCCCGGACUGUCCAGAACCCGUGUGGUCAUUCUGUCACAGCCAAGUCGCCGCUACACCGAACAGGUUGCCAUGAUCCCCGAACUCCUUAAACUAGGAUCUGACCUCUAUACCUACCUGGAAGGGUUAUCAGAACGAGUAGUGAUGAUCAUCAGCGCUGAUCUAGCGCACACGCACCUGGCAGAUGGACCAUACGGUUACUCCAACACGUCGGAGCCCUUUGAUCUGGCUGUAGGCGAGUGGGCAGGGUCACUGGACGAGCACGCCUUACUGGUCACUGCCUCGCAGCUUGUUGACAGAGCCCUCUCAUGUGGAUACACAGGCCUCGUCAUGAUGCACGGGGUAUUCUCUGCAGGGGGCCUGUCGUCAUGGCAACCGGAUCUCCUCGUCAACCACCACCCCAGUUACUAUGGUAUGAUGGUCGCUUCGAUCACAAGACGGAAUAUUGUGCUCGUUUCCUGAUUGGUCGUUUUCAAAAUUAAUAUUGUGACUGUGAGCUGUGAUUUCAGAACUUUGACAAAUGUAUGUGAAUGAUAAAAAUGAUUAAAUGUGUUUUUUUUUA